AUCUUCACGGGGACGGAGGCGUUACACCAACCCGAUGGCAGCGACUCCUCGCCAGAGGUCGUCGGGCUCACAGAGGCCCAGCGCCAGCGUGUCAGUACACUGCGUAAAGAUGCCUACAUGAAUGAUAUUUGCCAAAAUAAAUGCAUGCCACCAACGGCUUUUCGCCAAAAGCAGAUCCGAAGCUCAGCCAAUGGCCCAAAGGGACCACCUCGUAGGAUAGGCAGGCCGCUCAAGACGCCAGAGCAGCGAGCGGCUGACAAGACCGCCAGGCAGGCUGCCAAAUCUGUUGAGUUGGCCAGAUUGGCAGAGAAAUCGUUGGGGAGCAGUCGCAGGCCGAACGUCAAGACGGUGCAUCCACUCAGCGAAGCCCAACUCCCGCCAACGGCAACGUCCGGUGCUCGCUUCGAUACUCCGGAUUUGUCGGUCGUGGCCCGGCAUGCUCGGGAUUUAUUUCCACCCAGGGGUCAGAGCCUGCCGCCACAGACUGCCAUCGCUGCCCCGAUUCUCCCUGAACCUUCUCAGACCAUCACACUGGCAAUACAAACGCAAUCACCAAUAUCUGUCCCGUCACAUCCUGCUUCCUCCAUUACGAACGCCUCUCCUCAAUCUCUCAUGCAAUCAACGAAGACCUCGGGCUCAGUAUCUAUUACGUCGUCUCCGGCACAAGAAACCAAUGAUCCAGCCAUCGUACCUCCAACGGCAGCUCCGGGUUCAGCCAUAAGAGGUUCCGUCGGCAAUGAGACUGCAGUAGGGUUUGCAUUGCCGUUUUUCCAGGCACAACCAAGCACAUGGCCACCGCCACCGCAGCGGGAAAAUUUCUUCAUCUUCUGGUGUGAAAUAGCUAUCUUCUUUCGCCGAGCGCAACCUCCAACCGCCCUGGUAGACUUGUACUCUACACGAAACCUUGCACUCAGCACUGCUGCCGCGUCAUUCGACAGUAGCUUCUCAAUGGCAAGCGCGGGAUCCCUCAGCCCAACCAGUGGGUGA